CGCCAUCUCUCUCUCGCUCUCUCAGGCACACAUGCAUUGUCCUCUGUGUGACUGAGCUCAAAGCAUGCAGACCGCAGAUUGCUACCACCUGCAUCCCCGUGCAGAAGAGAUCAUCUAAGGAGGCUAAUUAGACCAGGGGAGCGUGCUCUCUGUCUGUCUGUGCGUGCGUGUGUGUGUGUGUGUGUGUGUGUGUGUGAGAGAGAGGGAGUGUGUGAGCAUGUGUGUUUGAGAGCCUGAGUGUGUGUGUGUGUACGAGUAGGAGGAGGGGUGCUUGCCGUCGCUCUUCAUCUCUGUCUGACCAGCUCCUUGUCUCGAGCUCUCCUCUCAGCGCAGUUUGUGUGUGUGUGUGUUUAUGUGUGUGUGUGUGUGUGUGUGAAUGUUUAUGAGUGGAGGACAAGAGACGAAAGCUACAGAGAGUGGGAAAGAGAGAGAGAGGGAGAGAGAAAAAGGAACAGAGCGGGAAAGAAGGAGACCACACAAGAGAGAGAGAGAGAGAGGGGGGAAGAGAGAGAGAGCAGAGGAGGAAGAGAGGAGGUGAAGAAGAAGAAGAAGGAUUUGGCCGCAUGUGCGCCUGCAACCAUCCAUCUCCUCCAGCAGCUCCUGCUCGUCCAGACAGAAGCGCAGACAGACACACACACACACAAACACACACACACAGAUGGCCAGACGAACAGGCAUGGCUUCAGCGUAAAGGAAACCCAGUCAGCACGGCAACAGACCAGCGUCAGCCACGCCGCCACGCUACCUGAGGUGUGAAGAGAGCGUCAGGAAGAGUGAUUGCAGGAGUUGACAAAGGAGGAGCAAGAGAAAGACAAGGUGAACCAGAAUGGCAGAGGAAAAGCCAGGACUGAAGAGCAGCAGCUCCAUUGUGCCCUGCUUCCUAUUUGUGGAGCUGGUGAUCAUGGCUGGCACUGUGCUCCUGGCGUACUACUUUGAGUACACCGACACCUUCCCCGUGCACAUCCAGGGCUUCUUCUGCUACGACAAGGCCUUCUCCAAGCCCUACCCGGGACCCGAGCACACCAGCAAGGUGCCCCCCGUCCUGGUCUACUCGCUGGUCACCGCCAUCCCCACCCUGACGAUCCUGAUGGGGGAGCUGAUGGUGUUCUUCCUGAAGGCGGAGGGGACUCAGGAGAAGACUAUAGUCACCGCAGACUGCUGCUACUUCAACCCCCUCUUCAGACGCAUCAUACGCUUUCUUGGCGUCUACUCUUUCGGCCUCUUCACCACCAGCAUCUUUGCCAACGCCGGCCAGGUGGUGACGGGCAACCAGACGCCGCACUUCCUGACGGCGUGCCGGCCCAACUACACGGCGCUGGGCUGCCAGUCGGCCAUGCAGUACAUCACGGAGCGUCGCGCCUGCACGGGCAACCCUCUGGUGGUCGCCUCAGCGCGCAAGUCCUUCCCCUCCAAAGACGCUGCGCUCAGUGUCUACUCCGCAGUCUACACGGUGAUGUACGUGACGCUGGUGUCUCGGACGAAAGGCACCCGUCUGGCCAAGCCCACGGUGAGCCUGACACUGCUGUGCCUGGCCAUGCUGGUGGGUGUGGUGCGCGUGGCCGAGUACCGCAACCACUGGUCAGACGUGCUGGCCGGUUUCUUCACCGGAGCCGCCAUCGCCAUCUUCCUGGUGACGUGCGUGAUCAACAACUUCCAGCAGGGGCAGCCACCGCCUCCCCCCGCCCGACCCCAGCGGCCUGAGUCCGUGCUGGGCGUGCCCAUGGUCUCGCUGCCCUGCGUGGACAGUCCACUCGAAAAGUUAAGUGGUUCUCAGGUAAGGGGCGGGGGCGGGUGAGCGGCCGGCCUGCGUAACACAGAGGGGGGUUGGCCACCAGUAGCCGAGCCCCCCAGUUUCCCCCUUCUGUCCGUCCCGGCUGACCCCUCCCCCAGAAAGCACCCCACCACCCCCCAGCCCUCUACUCUUUGCUCUGCCUUCACGCAUGCCCACAAACUGUCUGAUCACCCACUCGACC